AUGAAAUGGUGGCAAAAGGCAACCAUCUACCAAGUGCUGAUCCAGAGCUUCCAAGACACUGAUGGAGACGGCAAAGGGGAUAUACGCGGGAUAGUCGAGAAACUCGACUACUUUGUGACAUUGGGCAUCGACGUCGUCUGGGUGUCUCCCAUUUUCGAGUCGCCCAUGUGUGACAUGGGAUACGACAUCAGCAACUAUCGAAAGGUUAACCCAAUCUUCGGCACGAUGGAGGAAUUGGAGCUCUUAAUCCGAGAAACACAUAAAAGAGAUAUGAAGAUCAUCCUUGAUAUUGCGCUGAAUCAUACCUCUUCCGAACAUGAAUGGUUUCAAACAUCACGCCGAGCCCGAAAGGAUCCCAGUCUAGGGAAGAGAGACUGGUAUUUCUGGAGUCCGGGGAAACGAGAUGAGCAUGGGAAUCGAGUGCCUCCCAAUAAUUGGGAGAGUACCUUUACUGGGUCCGUUUGGGAAUUCGAUGAGUUGGCAGAUGAGUUCUACUUGCACAUCUUCGGGAAAGGCCAACCGGACCUCAACUGGGAUUGCGAAGAUGUCCGAAACGCACUGUAUGAUGUGCUAAGAUUCUGGCUGGACAAGGGGGUAGAUGGAUUUCGUUUGGAUACCAUGAAUCUCGUCUCAAAGACUUCUGACUUUCCAGAUGCUCCAAUCUCCAAACCGGGUUCUGAAUGGCAACCUGCGAAUUUCCUCUUCGCGAACGGCCCCCAUAUCCACGAGUACCUCCAAGAAAUGUACCAGGAAGUAUUCGCCCACUACGACGCCAUGACCCUAGCAGAGAUGUCCUGUGGUGUCACCCCAGCCCAAGCGGUUGAGUACACGUCCCGCCACAAGACCCGUCCAGAACUAUGCCUCGUCAUUCAAUUUCAGCAUGUGGAAGUGGACUCCCGCGAUGGUGACAAAUGGCUCCUGCGAGAGUGGGAGCUUCCAGAACUGAAAUACAUCAUAACCGAAUGGCAGGAGACCCUGGCUAACAAUGGCGGGUGGAAUACGCUAUGGAUGGAGAAUCAUGAUCAGCCACGUGGUAUCUCCCGGUUUACCACGAAUAGUCCACGGUUUCGAGCACUAUGUGCGAAGCUGCUUGCUCUGUGGCAGUUUACAUUGCAGGGUACGAAUCUCGUGUUCCAGGGACAGGAGCUGGGGAUGGUGAACCCGGGACUGUUUUCGGAGGAGAUGAAUCAGGAUAUUGAGACGGUUCAGUUCUGGCAAGAAGCGUGUGAAGCUGCAGGAUCAGGACAGGCUGAAAGGCUUGAACUGGCCAAAAAAGCAAUCAUCCAGAAAGGAAGAGACAACACACGCGUUCCGAUUCCCUGGACCGCCGACCCUCACGGUGGCUUCACCACCCCCGGCGCCAAACCCUGGCUUCCACCCUGUGAUCACGGCCACCAGUGGUGCCAAGCGAGCCAGCAGAAAUCCCCCGAGUCAGUUUGGUCCUUCUACCGGGCCAUGAUAAAAAUGCGCAAGAACUAUCCUACACUGUACUACGGACGAUACGAAUGUCUGGAUAUCGAAAACACCCGCAUCUGGGCCUACAAAAGACGAUCGAAACAGACCUGCUAUCUUGUCGUGCUGAACUUCUCGCCCAAUGCCAGUUCUUGGAUGUAUCCGGAGCAUGGGAUCAACCUGACCGGGUCCAAGUUGCUCAUUUCGAAUUAUCUCACGGCUGAGGAGACCUCAACGGAUGACAUGCUCUUGUUGAGACCCUUUGAGGGACGACUGUACCAGUUGAAAGUUUAG